AUGGGAACAAUAUUUGAAGCUUGCUCAGCCUGUAGCAAUAACUCAAACUAAUCUAAAAACGUCGUUUUUUGUAUAUGGAUCGCUAUGUAGCUGCUUUUUUAUUUCAUCAUGACUGGAUUGUGCGUUAGGGAAUUUUGGAUUAAGAAAGUUAAAAAGUAGCGCUUUUGGACAAAAAAAUCAUUUGUUUUAUAUGCUAUAUUCGCUCUUUCCAUCAUUUAAAUAACAUAUUUGGCGAUUUAUAGUUUCUCAUUCAUGAAAACAUUUGAUGUUUAUAGCAGAUAAAUCCUUUUCUGCUCAAUUUUCUUUUAUUUUAUUCAUAAAUAUUAUAAAAUGACAGACUCUAAAAAAAUCACAGAACGCAAACUGCUGUUAAUUGUUUUUUUGGUUAUUAUGCUAACUCUAAUUGGCUUGAUGUUAUUUAGUUAUUUUUCUUAAGAUGGAAUGUAAUACAAUUAGUGUGAAGAUUUAACAGGUUUGUGGAUAAGAAUAGCUGGAACUGUUAUUGGCUUUCUCUUUGUGUCUAUGGGGUUUUUAUUUUAUAAAAAAUUUUCUAUCUAAAAGAAAAAUUUCAUAUCACUGUUUACUAUUGAACAAGAAUAAGGAAUCAAAAAUUUCCUGGAUUAAGAAGAUAAGCUUGAGGAUUUAUUGAGUUUAAUAGUUGUCUAUUUUUCUACCUAAUUUUUGCUUCUAUGUGUCUUAAUCUACUAUAUGCUUUAACUGUAGAAUUCUCCUAAUGAGAAUAGCUGUACCAUUCUCCCACCAAGCUACCUUAAAUAAGCUGAUGAUGGUCGUGAAGCAGGAGAACAAAGUUUGAAGAGUUUUAUUUAAAUAGUUGUUACUUUUUUGCCUUUAAUAUAUUUAUUCAACUUAUUUAAGUAUAAAAGACCAAGAACAGAAUAUUCUAAUGAAAUGAAAAAAUCUUUGAUUUCAAAUGAAGAUUUAUAAAAUGGAUUUGGUAGAAAUAUUCAAUUUAAUAACUUGAUGAAAAGCCGUAAAAACAAAUAUAAAGAUUCAAGUAAUAAUGACAUUAGUGCUUCCUUAUCUUUCAUUAGUAAUAAUGAAAUUUGA